CUUGUGUUUCAGACUGACAGAGAGAAUGUAUGAGAGCCUUUCGGACGUACGGCACAGAGGGCCACCAUGACCCCUGCCGUGACCCUAAAAGAAGAGACCUCCCCCCGCCAACCCUGGACUGCUAAUUAAUGGUGGGUGUGCAGCAUCUACAGGAUGAUUGACAGCUGCUCCUCCUGAAACCCAGAAUGCCUGUGGUGCCAGUGGGCGGGGCAUCCUCCUCCCACCAUGUCGUACCUGUCGCACUGACCUGUUCCUGGCUGCUCCUGCUCUUCCACGCCGCCUUUGGUCAGAAACCAGCUAAGCUGCCACUGAUUGGCCGGAAACCCUUCAUCGCCGCCUGGAACGCCCCACUGGACAUGUGCAUCAUCAAGUACAACAUCACCACUAACCUUGACCGCCUCUUUCACAUUCAUGGGAGCCCACGAGCUGACUGGACGGGCCAGAACGUCACCAUCUUCUACGCAAACCGGCUGGGCUAUUACCCCCACUACACGCCACAGGGCGUUGCUGUGCAUGGCGGCCUGCCGCAGAACUGCAGCUUGGACCAGCACCUGUUCAAGGCCUACCAGGAUAUUAACCACUUUAUCCCCGCAGAGGAUUUCCGUGGCCUGGCCGUCAUUGACUGGGAGUUCUGGCGGCCUCAGUGGAGUCGUAACUGGCACAAGAAAGACAUCUACCGCCGCAUGUCGAGGGAACUGACCGCCAAGGCGUAUGUCAAUGUAACGGUGGCACAGGUGGAGGAGUUGGCACGGCGGCGGUUUGAAAAGAGCGCCAAGGUGUUCAUGCAGAGGACUAUCCAGCUGGGGACACGCCUUCGCCCCAAUGCCCUCUGGGGUUUCUACCUGUACCCGGACUGCCACAACUACAACCUGCAUGAGCAGAACUACACAGGCUUCUGCCCACAGCAGGAGAGGUGGAGGAACGACGAUCUGGCGUGGCUGUGGAACAGCAGCACGGCGCUCUUCCCCUCUGUGGCGAUCAGGAAAAGUAACACCAACAGCAUCAGCAACCUGCACUUCUCCCAGCACAGGAUCCGAGAGUCGCUCCGCGUGGCCUCGUUGACCUCCAAAGAGUACGACCUCCCCACCUACGUGUACCUGAGGCUGGGCUACCGAGACGAGGCCCUGGCCUUCCUCACAGCAAAAGACUUGAUCCACACUAUCGGGGAGAGUGCUGCUCUGGGAGCUGCAGGAUUCGUCAUUUGGGGAGACCUAAACCUGACCUCGUCCAGGCAUAACUGCACCAAGGUUAAAUCUUUCCUCAAACACCGCCUUGGCAAGUACAUCACCAACGUGACGCGCGCAGCCGAGGUCUGUAGUGACUUCCUGUGCCAGGGGAAUGGCCGAUGCGUCCGCCGGGACCCCCUCGCCCGCCAUUACCUCCACCUGAGCGCAGAUAGCUACCGCAUCCAGCUCUCCGUUGAUGGGGACUUUGCAGUCAGUGGGUGGCACUCACAGCACGAGAUGCAGCUGCUGACUGAGAGGUUUCGAUGCCACUGCUACGAAGGGCACGAGGGCGAGAGCUGCGACAGCAUCAACAAAGUGAGGGAGGAUGAUGGGCCAUGGAGGGAAGAGGAGGAUGAGCAGGAGAGGCGGAGGACAGAGUGGGAGGAUGAGCAGGAUGAACCGUGGGAGGGAGGGGAGAGUGAGGCGCCACUGACCUGCUACAGCCUUCCCCUGAUGUUGUUGACGCUCCUGUUGAACAUAUCGUUAGUAAAGACAGUCGUAUGACACACAGACAGUAUGUUGUUUUUUAAUUUAAAAAUGAAGACUGGUCUUUAGCUGGAUUUAAACCCAGGACUGUUUCACCCUCUUCAAAUGACCUUUUUUUGUUUAAUAUCAGUGAAUCUAGUGAUAGUUUUUUACUAAACAAUUAUCAUUUCAGCCUGGUUCCAGACCACUGAAUCACUUCCCACAUCUUAGAUUUGUUCAGUGGUUCAAAUAAGUCUGGUGCUGUGCUCAUGAACGGCUGUUUCUCUUGCCCUUUGAGAUUUAAAAUCUGAAAAUGACAUAUUUCUUUGAUAUACAUGACAGCCAACAUGAACGCAAUGUCAACAUAAAUAAUAAAAGGAAAAAUAAAAUUUUAAUUUAGUCUGAAUAUCAGGCAAUAUAAUAAGUUAGUCUUUAAAAUGUCAUAAGCCAUUCUUUAAACUACAUUUUUUACUCUGGUACUGGUUGUAAUCCAUUACUAGUGGCCAUUAGAGGAACUUCAGCUGAUCAACACUGAUCUCACACAUUAACUGAGGUCUCAGCUGAGAUCACUGCUGAGUGGAACAGAAACUGUUCAAUGUGAAAAGAAGAAACAGCUUUUUUUUUUCUCUGAGAGCUGCUGUGUUGAAAAGUAAUAUGUGCAACAACAACAAAACAAAAACGUGACAAUUCCUUUAUAAAGGAGUGUGAUGGCACUUUACAUGACACAGAGGUUUGACAUGUUGACAGAUGAGGCUUUGGUUAAUUGUACAAACAGGUGAAAUGUAUUUGACUUCUGCUAAAAUCUGCACUGCCUCUUUUUCCAACAACUCCAUCUGUUCUUUCAGGAAUGUUAAUUAGUAACUGUAAAUACUGUUUGUUAAACUGUGGACUGAGUCACAUUCAGUAAAGAGAAGGUUUCACGUGAUGAUCAUCCUGCGUCACUGCAGAGCUGAGGGUCGGAUCACAGGGAUCACAUUCUUCCUAUUUUUAAAAGCUUCAUGGUUCAAUAGAAUCACAGUAAACUCGACGAUCCUCCAGCAAAGCUUUUCAAUGCAAACUAAAAGGUGCUUAUAUUAUCUAUCACACAGCCAUAUUUAGGAAAAUAAUCAAAAGUGGUCUGUAGUGUUUUUGAAGAUUUAAGAAUUGGGGUUGCUUUAUUUCUAAGGGUAUGAAGUUCGUUUUUUUUCUCAACAAUAAGCUGUUAUUUUACUUGACAUUAUACAUGAAGUGUGUAUUUUUUGUACUGUUGCUUACAUUAUACUCUUGAAGUAAAGCUUGUCAGAAAACACCUCAUAGUUGAGCCUGUUGGAACGUGGUGUGCACAUGUUGUAGGUGCUUUUGAUUUCAUAAUAUUGUGUAUCUGUAUCUCUUCUAAAUAGUUAUAAGUAUAGGGGAUCGGGUUUGUUUUUCAAUGACUGUAUAGGCUGACGUUACUACAUCUCAGUUUGGAGGACAACAAACUAUAUUUAGUUUUGAUGAUAUCUCAUUUUGUUGUGGCUGAGUGGACUCAUUAGUUAUGUCUUUGAAACUGAUGUACAGUGCUGUAGGCAUGACGAAACACUGAACAGGAUGUAAAAGAUGGCACAUACUUUAUCUGAAUACAUGACUCAGUGGCUCUCUCCCUUUCUGUUCAAACCAAAGUGGAAACAUAGAGCGGUAAAUAAAGUGGUAUAAAAUCAUCAUGUGCAAAAAUACGACUUGAAGCAGAAAGCUGACUUAAGACUGAAUACAGGUUUUUUGAGUCUAAUAUGUUGUACCUGACCUGAAAAGAAGAACACAAAUGCGUCGUCAACUCAAUUCGUGCCACCUAGAAGAAGUCUGUUUCCACUUGUGUCUUUUCAUUAACUUUGCAGAAAAUUGCACUGCUUCUAAAAUUCAUUUUGCUCCAAGUCUGAACAGAUCUUUAUCUUUCUCCCACUAAGCAGCAUUCAAAAAACCCACCUGUUUUGUGGUCCAAUCACAGACCAGACACCUGGAGCAUUUUAAGUCGAACCAAAUCUAGAGCAGAGGUGUACCUGAGACCUGGGCCCGUAUUUAUCAAGCUCCAUCAAUUCUCAGAACUUAAGACUAAAAAGGCACUUUGAGAAGCUUGAUGAAUACCGGCCUGGUCUAAUCUAAUGAAGGUUGAGUCUCUGUAACUUUCUGGUCUUUUAAGUGAAACAUGUAGCUUCAGUCAUCUAACAUCCUGGUUCCUGGUUUAAGGUGAAUCACUCAUUUAAGUACUUUCAUCUCAAAAAAGCCUUUAGGUGAAGUUCAGGUUUCAUGAUGCAGUAACUGUUUCCUGCACUUACUGUGUUUUUUAAAUUAAGAUUGUAAACCAAAAAUGCAACAAGGACUAUGCAAUGCGAAAAAUGUUAGCUGAAUGUAAAUGCACUGCAAAUAAAGAGUUUUCCUCAGUGUUUUCUCUUUGCUGUUUUUUUUUUGUGCACAUAAAGAGAGGAUUUCAGGGGAGCUGUUGGCAGCAAUGAGAAAAAACUUCUUCUUUGUGCAAUAUGUGCACGCCACGUAUGAUGAGUGUUAGAGUCUUACAAUAGCGCUACUGUGCCGGCAGGCUUUUUUGUAAAAUAUAUCCUGGGCGGUGAGAACAUGGAAACCUGAAUCAUCUACCAGCUGGUUACUAAGGACUGAAAAGAGGAAGAAGGGUAGAUGGAGGGAUAACAUUGUCUGCUUUCUCAACGAUGAUGACACGUUAAAAAUAACUCACAUGCUUGAAAACCUGAGUGUUUCAUCUGAGAUAACCAAAUACUGGUCUACAGUACAGACACUUGUACCAUAAUUUAUGUAUUUAUGUAUGUAGAACUGUAGAAAUGGUCAAAUAAAACAUUGAUAGUAACCAUUCAA